ACUUCAACUACUGGCCUCAUCGACAGUUGGACCUGUUUAUACCCAGGGUAAAGCUGCGCUGAUUACACGGAUGCCAUACCAGCGGGCCAGAUAACUGUUGUGAUUGUUCGUCUCGUCACAGACAGACAUAAUUUGGAGUGAACGUCGACGGAGAAGAGGUACGAUGUCUGUUCAAUACUAUAUAACAUUUUGGGUCUGUACACUUGUUGUGUGGUAUAUCAGCACAGGCUUGCAAGAAAAUGGUGAAAAUGUAGAGUCGAUAACAACCUACAGGGCAUCAAAGUACACAACGAAGUGUGGUUUUUGGGGUUUGAGUCGAUGCUCAAGAUACCGGCAGGUGUCAAAGAAGAGUCUCAGAUGCAAACCAGGGUACAGAACAACAGAUAACAAAGGCUGCCCACAUCCUAUAUGUGACAAUCAGAUCCUCUCCGCUGCUUGCAACAUCGACUACAGGUCAUCUCACAUAGUCUACAAUAACGGCACGACACAGUACAAGAGUGGGGGCAAGUGUACUUCCCCUGGGAUCUGUGCCGAAUGUAAUGAAGGUUUUUACCCAAGCAGAGAACGAUGCAGAAUGUGCAGCGCCAUCAGUAACUGUGACCUGGAGACAUGCACCAGCAGCAGCAACCAGGUGUGUCGUCGCUGUAAGGGGGUCGUGCUGGACCAGCCAGGACACAGGGCUUAUGUGGCUUCUUUUGGUAACAAAUCAUGCAUACAGGCGUGUUCGUGGCGGAGUGACAGCACCCGGUGUUAUCCCGGGACCUGCAGGAACGAGUACGCCAGUCACUGUGCCUGCUCCAGCGGCUUCACAGGGAAACAUUGUCAGACAAUAACUGAGAAGCCCGCAAUAAACUUCAACCUCCUUAGACUGACCGACAGCAACGGGGACAUGAUAGAGGCACCUCCCAACAUCAACAGUGGUCCAUCUCAGUCCACCAGCUGGUCAAACAUCAACUCUCCAUCCAGAAUGUACUACAGGUUUACGGCAGAAUACAGAAUGGUACCUCCAUCCAGACUUGCCUUCAUUGAAGGUUUCCGUGUUGGAAUCGUCAGAGGUUUUGCUUCAUUCAGACUCAAGAGAGGUGCGUUUAAUAUCAGCAUUGAACAGUAUGAAUAUGCACAACAUAUGAUCAUCCCCCUCAACAACAUUAUCAACUCACCUGACUGUGUUGUUGUACCAAGGAUCACUGUGUUGUUGCAGGUGUUGUCUCCACUAAAGUAUAUAACUGUGGAGGAGCCAGCCGAAGCAGCCCGGACACAGACCUGUACACCUGUGAAGGAAACCGACCAUGGACGUCUGUACUACCUCUACCCUUCCAACACAGAGAUGUAAUUGAAUUCACUUAUUCAACAAGUAAUGGAGGGUAUGUAAAGGUCCGGAACAAGGAGAGUAACACACUAGCGACCUACUACUACAACGGUGCCACACAGACCCACACCUUUA